UCCGUGUUCUCCCGGCGGUGGGCUGGGCCCGAGGCCCGCGGACGGCCCGCGGUGGGGCCCUGGGUUCGAGGUCGCCCGCCGCUGACCAGCUCUGUCCGGGCCUCCCGGGCCUCAGUUUCCCUCCCGCGUGGACCCAGGGGCGGCUUCGCGGACCGCCCGGUGCCCUAGGAACCACAAAGUCAAAGGGCUAAGCCAGGUGGCUGGACAGGAGGCCCUCGCCCUCUUGCUGUGAACUCUGCUGUUCUUAUGGGAGCCAUGAAGCUGAACGAGAGGAGCGUGGCCCACUAUGCACUGAGCGACUCCCCGGCCGACCAUACGGGCUUUCUGCGCACUUGGGGCGGGCCAGGGACUCCACCGACCCCCAGUGGCACUGGCCGAAGGUGCUGGUUUGUCCUCAAAGGCAACCUGCUCUUCUCCUUUGAGAGUCGUGAGAGCCGGGCCCCGCUGAGCCUGGUGGUGCUGGAGGGCUGCACAGUGGAGCUGGCCGAGGCUCCCGUGUCUGAGGAGUUCGCCUUCGCCAUCCGCUUCGACGCCCCUGGUGUGCGCCCACACCUGCUCGCGGCCGAUGGGCCCGCGGCACAGGAGGCCUGGGUGAAGGCACUGUCCAGGGCGAGCUUUGGCUACAUGCGCCUGGUGGUGCGCGAGUUGGAGAGCCAACUGCGCGAUGCCCGCCACAGCCUGGCCUUGCAUCGCCACUCAUCCUGGAAGGCCGCUGGCAGCUGCUGUAAGCCCCAGGCUCCUGACCACCGGUCUCUGGGCCUGGAAAACGGUCACUCCCCCUCCAAGGAUUGCAGCCCCAUGGACUUGGUUGAAGAAAGGGGCAGCAGGCCAGCAGGGCAGGGCUUGGCCGAGUGGCAGGGCCCUGCCAGCCACUUCCUAGGCAGGAGGCAGAGCCCCUCGUUCCCUGAGACCUCCUACUUCUCUACCCUGCACAACUGGUACGGCCAGGAGAUCAUGGAGCUGAGGCAAAGGUGGCUGCAGAGGGUCUGGGGGAGCCAGCCAGAACGUGAGAAACAGGACGGGCCCUGAGCCUCAGCCUUUCGGGUUCCGCCCUUAUCCUGCUGGUCAGGACUCCGGGGCCAGUGCUUUUUCAGGAAUUUAAUGUUUAUUCGGUUUAAAGUUGCUUUUUUUGAGAGGGUUCUUUCCUUCCUGCUCUUUAGAACUUCUCCAGGUUCCAGAUCCAUCCCCGUUCCUGGAGGGGACUGAGGAAUCAUUCCUUCCAGCCCAUUUAUUUCCUGAGGCCCAGAGAGGAGAGGGGGCUUGCUUAGCAGCGGUAGAGCCAGACCCAAGUCUCCUGCCGCUGUGCUGGACUGCCCCUCUCUCAGGGAACACGAAGGGGAGGCAGGAAGUGGGGACUAUCACGUGGCCAUAGACUGCCGUGCGUUUUUACCUACACACCACAGACUCUACAACCACAACUUCCUACACUGGGAGUCUUGUGUACACUUAAAUACCAGAAGUUGGCUGAAGUGUUGGCUCGAGGGAUUGACAUCGUCAGAGAAAGUAGAUUUCUUGUCCUGGGGGUUUCUGGGGCCCAGCUCUUCCUGGGUGGUGGGGCAUAGGACCCCCACUCUGCAGUUUGGGUGGGGCCCUUUGGAGGGAGAGGUCCUUCAGCCAGCAAAGAGGGAUUGAUUCUGCUCAGAAAGUGUUGGGGCCUCCAGCUUCUCUCCCUCGCUGCCCUGUCUAUAGAUGGUGCUGGUCAUUGCCCCAGGAGGGGCUGGUGGCAGAAACCCUUCCUGUAUUCUGUCCUUAGAAGCUAGCUCCUGGAGCUGCCACUUGGGAAGCUAAAAGGAGUGGGGAGGCAAUGGGGCUCCUUGGGGAAGCCAGGUCGUUAUUUUGGUUCUCAGUCCCGGUCAUUCUAGGAGCUUGGACACGGGAUUCCCAGCACCGUGUGAUAAACUCUUCUCUCCUAACUGUACCACUCCCAACGAGCCGUUCCUGAUCCUGACCCUGGCCUGGGAACUCAUUCACCGUCCUGCGCGUCAGCCAGUGCUUAUCGGCCAAGACCCUCUCAUUGCUACCCUCAGCAGCAGUGGUGCCAAGUGUUUUCUUUAUUGAUCGUUUAGGGAGGCAAAGUGGCUGGAUGGAGAGAGCCAGCAGCCAGACUAGCCUGAGCCCUGGGGGUGUGGCAACAGUGGCUGGACGGAAGAUGCAGAACCUGGUCCAGACAUCCCCCCUCUGCCCGCACACAGUCUGCCCCUUCUUAGCCUCUCCGGCCCUUAUUAGGACCUUGGGUACCCUGCCCAGGGCCCCACUAGGUCAAGAAGCUCCGACUCAGCCUCGGAGUCCAGGACGCCGAGAGGCCACCAGGGUCCGGAACCCAUUCCCGCGGGCUUGUUUCCCAGCCCCAAGCAGGAGCCCACAGCCCACUGCGCCUUGUUUUAUACACAGAUACUACAGGCUCUUGUUAUCGUUUUUUUACGGUUACAAUGGUGUUUUUUUAUACGAUUAAAACACUAAGUCUUUAUUUCUCACUUUGGUUCCUCGUUUAUUUGAACAAUCACUUGACCAAUUUUUGCGAAAGCCCCCCCUUCCCCCUUCAUUUGCCUAUACAUAACGCAUACCUUGGCAAGAAAUAAAAUUACAAAAUCAUGGGGCGCCUGGGUGGCUCAGUCGUGAAGCGUCUGCCUCCGGCUCAGGUCAGCGGGAGGCCUGCCUCCCCCUCCCCCCCGCCACUCCCCCUGCUUGUGUUCCCUCUCUUGCUGUGUCUCUCUCUGUCACAUAAAUGAAAAAAAAAAAUUACAAAAUCAUCCAGGUAGUACAACUAAUAGGUUUGAAAAUAAAAAAAGAAAAAUACAACUGUUUGAGGGUCGAUGAAAGUGACCUCUCUGUUCAACAAUCACCGGCUCUGCUCAGCCCGGGCGCUCCACGGUGAGGGAACAAUGGCGGAAGAAAGAAGGCUCCACCGGGACCGCCCGCCUGACGACCCCGCCCGCCAGGCCCAGAAGCAGGGGGGUACUGGGGCGUCGUCCCCCUCCUCGUGACGUCAGCACGUCGGGCAAGUGACAAACGCCUCCUUCGCACAGGAACUAGGCGCACUGCGCAAGUGUGCGGGCUGGGCCUCGCGAGGGUUGGGGCGGUGCGCUUCCGGAGGGCGUCACAGGGGUCGGGUGGUGGGGUCCGGGUGCCGGCCUAGGGGCGGAGCUGGGAGAUGGCGUUCGGAGCGGCUCGCCGGCUGGCUUUGGCAUCCGUCCGAUUCGGGGCUUUCCGGAACGGACCGAGCUUGAGGAAAGGUGGCGAUGUCUCCGCCGGAGCGGGUGGCUCAGGCCGGAGCCUGGUACCGUCGAGAUGUCCUUUGGCCUUCUCCGUGUGUUCUCCAUUGUGAUCCCCUUUCUCUAUGUCGGGACGCUCAUUAGCAAGAACUUUGCCGCUCUACUUGAGGAGCACGACAUUUUUGUUCCAGAGGAUGAUGACGACGAUGACUAACAGGACACGGAGGAGGUACAGAAAGGAGACAGCCCUAACUUAAUUACGAUGGUGAUGCUCACAGCCUCUCCUGCUUCCCUAUCAGAAGGGCCCAGGGAAAGCCCUCAGCCUCCCAACACCGGUGAAGCCUCCUGCACCAUCUGUGACCAUAGCCCAGAUCCCCAGGCUCUGGGAGGUUCCCAGAAAUGUGCCGUCCACUGAGCACAAUCAGCUUAUGAAUAAACAUGAUAAACAUCA